AUGUCUAUCAAGUUAAUUAUUGGGGGGUCUUCUGUGAACAUCUCUAGUCCGUACGCACCACAGGAGGGCUUGGACGAGGAGAAGAAGAAGAAAUUUUGGGAGAUUUUGGAUGAGGUGGUAAGAGGCGUGCCUAGUUUAGAGAUGAUUUUCGUAGGAGGGGAUGUUAAUGGGCACAUCGGGUCUCUGCCGAUGGGUUAUGAUGAUGUGCAUGGAGGUUUCAGGUUUGGGGAUAGGAAUAUUGAGGAAGCUGCUCUUUUAGAUUUUGCGAGGGACUUUGGGUUAGUAGUAGUGAAUUCCAGCUUUUCGAAGAAGGAGAAGCAUCUGGUUACUUUUCAUAGUAGGCUAGCCAAGACUCAAACUGACUUUUUGCUACUUAGGAAGGGGGAUAGAGCAAUGUGUAAGGAUUGUAAGGUUAUCCUGAGUAAGAAUCUUGUGACCUAA